GCGUUUGUAAAAGGGAUCUAUCCCCUGCCCACUGCUCAAUUUUGUUGUUCUUUCUUCCGCAGACACAUUCUCAGGAACAAGGGGAAGAAAGUCAUCAUGGGCUGUACUUUCUCGGGGCUGAAUACCCUCUAUGACGCCGUGAACGGUGGUGGAGAUGUCUGGAUCAACGAGAACCGUUUCAGAAUCCUUAGGCAGCUCGGAGAAGGUGGCUUCGCCUUUGUUUUCUUGGUCAAAGAGGUGCCCGCCGACAAUUCCUCAGGCCCCGGCACUGGUCUCACCACCAAAGUCAAGGACAAAUCUCAUCUUUCCGAAGAUGGAACUUAUGCAAUGAAGAAGGUUCUUAUUCAGAACAAUGAGCAGCUGGAAUUGGUGCGGGAAGAGAUUCGUGUUUCAUCAUUGUUUAGCCACCCAAAUCUUCUUCCUCUUCUGGAUCAUGCUAUCAUUGCGGUUAAGGUAAUUGACACAAUCCUCUGUAUGUGUGAGUUUACUACACAAGAAUCAUCCUGGAACCACGAAGCAUAUUUACUGUUUCCAGUGCACUUGGAUGGAACCUUGCUGGACAAUUCAAAAGCAAUGAUGGCGAAGAAAGAGUUCUUCUCAACCUCGGAUGUUCUUCAGAUAUUUCGGCAGCUUUGUGCAGGAUUGAAGCACAUGCAUAGUCUUGAGCCUCCAUAUGCACACAAUGAUGUGAAACCCGGAAAUGUCCUUGUAACACAUAGGAAAGGGCAGUCACCUCUUGCCAUAUUGAUGGAUUUUGGCAGUGCUCGACCUGCAAGAAAGCAAAUUCGUUCAAGAACAGAGGCACUACAACUGCAGGAAUGGGCAGCGGAGCAUUGUUCAGCACCUUUUAGAGCUCCUGAGUUUUGGGAUUGCCCAAGUCACGCAGAUAUUGAUGAGAGGACCGAUGUUUGGUCUUUGGGAUGCACACUUUAUGCAACCAUGUAUGGUGUAUCUCCAUUUGAGUAUGCUCUUGGAGAGUCUGGGGGGAGCCUACAACUGGCAGUCCUAAAUGCACAGAUAAAGUGGCCAGCUGGAACUAAGCUUCCAUAUCCAGAAGCUCUGCACCAGUUUGUGACGUGGAUGCUUCAGCCGCAAGCAGCAGUUCGCCCUCGCAUUGAUGACAUCAUCAUCCACGUCGACAAGUUGAUUGCCAAGUUUUCCAGCUAGAGAUUUCAGAUUACUGAAAGAAUGUUUGGAGUGGAUUGCUUUACCUAUUGUGCUCAGCAAUUGGGGAGGAGGGACUACGACAAGAACACAAACGGGGAAACAAACAAAUAGAAGCUGUUCUGCGCCUGAGCCAUCCCAUGUUUAAACGAGAGCAGUAACCAUUUGAUUAGACUGCUACUUUUGGAAGUAUUGGAAAUAGAGUUAUGAAAAUUCAUGUUAUAGCAAACCCAUAAAAGAAGAGAAAGAAGUUGCUCGAAACACACAAAAUCAUCGACUAUUUAGGUUGCUUCCUUCCUGAAUGUUCUCAAGUUCCAGCAUGAGAACGAUUGAAGUAUUGCCGUCUCUUGAAACCCAUGCACCAUAUUUAUGUACUAGAUACUGGAGCUUAAAAUCAUCGACUGCUAGUCAAGUUGGUAUGGUCCACAUGUAAGAAAGGUUUGUUCUGCCUCGGUUUUGGUCCAUACUGAUACUAUCCCGAUAUAUUACCAAUGAAAUAUAUCAUAUUAUUAAGCGCAUACUAUUUGCCGCAACAGAUUACUAUUUGUU